AUGGCGAUGCAAGAUGAAUAUGGUGCUUUAAUUAAAAUAAGAACUUGGGAUUUGUUGCCUAGACCUCCGGGGGUGAAUAUUGUUAAUUGUAUGUGGCUAUUUAAACACAAGUACAAGUCUAAUGGUGACCUUGAAAGGCAAAAAGCUCGUCUUGUUUGUGAUGGCAGGUCGGAAGAGGUUGGGGUGGAUUGUGGUGAGACUUUUAGCCCGGUGGUCAAACCGGCUACCAUUUGUAUGGAAACGGUUUAUUUGCACCAACCUCCGGGUUUUGUUGAUCGGAGAGCACCCUCCUAUGGUGAUGAUAUGGCAUAUUUGCUUCUAUAUGUUGAUGAUAUUAUAUUAGCUACCUCAUCAUUUGACAGGUUGCGUAUAGGGAUCAUAUCUUAG